AAUAUUUAUUUAAGAAUAUUAAAUGAAAUUAGAGAUGCUAUUAUUUAUAUAAAAUAAAAUUACUUAUCUUAUGCUAAUUUUUUAAAAAAUUUAAUUAAUGUUAGAUCAUUAUAAGAACUUUAAUAAUUAAAUAAAUAAGGAACAGAUGAUUAAUAUGAAGUUAUGUAUGGAUUAAAAAAAAUAAUUAUAGCAGUUAAUAAAAAUAGAACUAUAUAUGGUAUAGAUUCUAAAAAAGGAGAUAUUAUAUGGAAAACUUCUUUUAUUAAACGAUAUGUAAAACCUGAUUAUGAAAUAAAGGGAUUUUUUAAUAUAGAAAUGAGAAAAAAUGAUAUAGUACAUGAAGAAACUAUUCUUAUAUAUCAUUCUUAAAUAACAACAAAACUUUUUGUUUUUACAAUAUAACCAUUAAUGGGUAAUUUAGGAUAUGGCGGAACUAUUUUUAUGAAAAAAGUAAAAAAAAUAAUAAAAGUAAAAAUAGAUGAUUAAAAUAUUGAAGCUCUUGCUAUAAUCGAUUAAGAUUAUAAUAUUCAUAUAUAUCCUCAAGAGUUAAAAGAAAUUGUUCUUUAAAGAGGAUUAUCUGAUUUUUUUUAUGAAUAUUAACUCGAUUAAAAACUCAUUUAAGGAUAUUAAUAUCAAAAUGCUAAAUUUAUAAAAAGCUGGAACUUCUAUUUAGAUGAAAAAGAGACACUUGUGGAUAUUCAAAGUGCCUAUGAUGAAAAUGCGAAACCAAAAGUUGCCCUUUUUGAUGAUUCUCGUGUAAUUCUUAAGCAUAUAGACUACAAUAAUAUAGCAGUAGUCACUAGUUCAAGAAGUGAAAUUUAAAAUAAUAUUGGGAAUGUGAAUUUGUAUGUUAUAAAUUGUAAAUCAGGUAGAGUAAUAUAUAAUUAAUAUUAAAAAAAUGUGGACGUCAGUUAACCUAUAAAUGUUGUUUUUGUUGAAAAUGGAAUCUUUGUGACCUAUAUGAACCCUUCGUAUAGCAUUUUUGAAAUUUGGGCAAUUGAAUUUUAUGCGAAUAAAAUCGAAAACUCAUUUUUAAGAAUGCUCUAGAAUUAUUAUUUUUAAACAAGCUAAUAUGAGCAUUUUAAUUAUUUAAAAUAAAAUAUUUAAGUAGUUCCUUUGGAAUAAAAAUACGGAUUCCCUUUAGGAAUUAAAAAAGUUGAUGCUGUAUAUACUAAAUUGUGUAUUACGAAAAGAAAUCUAAUAGUUAUUACUCCUAAUAAUUAAAUAUAUUCUUUAGAUAGAAAUCUUAUUUCGACUAGAAGGUCAAUAAAGCAUUAAGCAUAGUAAGGAAAUAAUAGUAGUGGUAGUAUUUCAAAUAAUAGUGAUUAUACGUUUGAAAGUACUUAAUUACCACCUUAUAGUUAUCUUUUACCAGUAAAUAAUUUAAAUACUUUGAGUUAUAGUUUAAAUUUAAAUAAUCUUUAAUAAUUAAAAAUUUAUCCAUCUAAUUUUGAAUCAACAGUAUUAUUUGUAGCUUUUGGAAAUGAUAUGUUUAUGAGUUCUGUAGCACCCGAUAGAACAUUUGAUAUGAUAAGUGAAGAUUUUAAUUAUAUUUAUGUAUUUGGAAGUGGAAUUUUAGCAGCUGUAGCAGUUAUAGUAAUGCGUCGUUAUGCUAAAAGAAAUAUGUUUUUAUUAAUUUUUGAAGAUAUAGAAGCUACUAUUUGA